AUGUCCGAUCUUCUUGAGGAUUUGGUAGGGGAAAUACUCGCUAGGGUUCCAUUGAUAUCGCUGAAAGUAGUACGAUGUACUUGCAAAAAUUGGAAUGCUUUAUCAACAGCAAGGAAACAGUUUCUAGGGUUUAUGCUGAUGGAUUCUAGAGUUUAUUCAAUGAAACUUGAUCUCCAAGGAAUACGCAACCAUGGAUACAUUGUCAAUCCAUCUAUAAACCAAGUAAGUGUAUUUGCCCAAGUUGAGAUAUCUAAAGUCUUUCACUGCCAUGGUUUGUUUUUAUGCGUCACCAAAGACCAAAAGCUCGUGGUAUGGAAUCCCUAUUUGGGACAAACCAGGUGGAUCCCACGCUUGAGAUCGUUCAGCAUAUAUGACAUGUUGUAUGGUCUCGGAUACGACAACUACAGAAACUACCACAAAAUCUUGAGGUUCGGUAAAAGAGAAAACGACUUUUCGUGGACGGAAAUCUAUGAUUGUAACUCUGAUUCAUGGAGGGUUGUUAAUGACACUGCCGACUGGGACAUGCAUCAUCAAAGCAGCAUGUCUCUGAAUGGAAAUACUUACUUUAUUGCUCGAGAGAAAUUAACAAAGGAUACCGAGGUAGAAAAGAACGAUGCGUGGUCUUUACUUGGUUUUGAUUAUACAGCAGAGAGAUUUGGACCGCUUCUUCCUCUUCCUUUUCAAUCCUACGCUCAUCAUAGUUCAGAAUCUGUGGCUUUAUCUUGUGUUAGAGAUGAGCAGCUCGCUUUGUUAUUUCAACGCAAGGAUGGGAUGAUGGAGAUUUGGAUUACGACUAAGAUUGAUCCCAAGUCAGUAUCUUGGAGCAUGUUCUUGAAAGUGGAUACAAGUCCGCUCCCUCAUUUUCCGGGUCUCGUUAUGGCUGGGACUUUCUUUAUUUGUGAGGAGAAGAAAGCCGUUGUUGUUUCCAGUUUCCGCAAAAAUAAGGAUUGUUGCUACAAAACAGCUUACAUCACUGGAAAAGAUGGAUACUUCAAAUCUGUGGAUAUCGGAGAAGCUCGGAUUAUAAACGGAUCUACAUGCAUGUCAGUUGUUAAACGUGAUUACCGCUUAAGCUUUUAUCUUGUGAUAACAUAUUGA